AUGCUGGGGUGGCUGCUGGCGGCGCUGGCGGCGCUGGCGCAGGGCGGCACCGUGGCAGCCCACGACAUCUCCUGCUGGAAGAAAUGCACCAGCAAGCCUUUCCACUGCUCCUGGCCUCCCCUCGGCCCCGCCGGCAACACCUCCUACAUCCUGACUUCUGGUGAGUUGGGCAGCGCGGCGGGGAGGGAGAGCCCAUGGGAUGUGUCCCGGAUCCCUCCCUGUGCCCACUCCCUCCCCAGCUUUGAGAAGAACCGCCAGUGCCGCCGCUAUGGGGUGGGCACGGCCACCAACUACAGCCCCCCGCAUCGCCAGCUGUACACCCUGGAGAACACCACGGCCUGGGUGGAGGCACGCUGGGGGGAACAGCUCCACAAGACCCCCAACCACAUCCUUCACCUCGACAAGGCUGUCAAACUGGAUCCACCUCCUGAUGAGAUGCUCUUCUCCAAGACUGGUGGCAAGCUGAGGGUGCAGGUGCCACGGCCACAGUGCCAAGGCCUGGAGCAGCCGGCUCAACACGAGGCUCGCUUCUGGAGGGUGGGAGACAGCAGCUGGACACAGGUAAAAGUGACAUGUGAGACUGUGAUGGGGACAGGUGAAAAUGACUCAGUGACCUGUGCCCUGGGGGUCAAUGGCACCUUCGUGGUCCAGCUCCGGCACAAGCCUCCCCACUGGAGCAGCUACUGGAGUGACUGGAGCAGCAACAUCUCUGUUCCCGAGGAAAUCCUGAGGAGCCCGGUGCUGAGCCAUCAACUGGGCAAACUGGGGAGAGACGGGCAGCGGGUGCUGAGGCUGAGCUGGCAGGUACAGCAGCAUCCCUGGGGGCCCUCCUGGCCAGUCCUCAAGGAGCAAAGGGAUGUCACCUACAAGCUGGACGUCCACAUGUUGGCGUGUGACUGUGCAGAGUCAGAUGAGGAGGACCCUGUGGAGCUGGGCUGGGAGGUGACAGAGCACAACCUCACCCUCUCCGGGGCUGAAUACGAAAUCCUGUUGACCGCGGUCAAUGCCGCGGGGCCGGGGCCGGCGCAGCAGCUCCGUGUGCCCGCAGAGCAGCGAGCAGGUACCCGCCGCUCUGGAAAUGCUGAGCUCCCCUGGCAGCCCUCAGGGCUUUAUUUUUUCCAGCUACCCCGAAUUUCCCCCCGUUUCAUCCCAGAUCUCAGGUUCAAGGAGAUCAGCGUGGCCGGCGGCACCGUGACUGCGCGGUGGGAAGCGCCGGUCCCUGGCGAUGCCUUCUGCUUCGAGCAGCAGACGCUGCCGGAGCCUCCGAAACAGGGAGUCUGCUCCCAGCAGGAAUUCCCUGCCCACAGCAUCCACGCAGAGAGGCAAGGGAGCGCCCCAAGCCCCUCGCUGUCCCCACACCCGGGGUCAGAGGGGCUGAGCAGCACCCCCGGUUCGUCCCCAGGAGCUCUGGGAGCGCCGGGCUGUCACCGCCUGGCCGUGCACGGCAGGGACACGGAGCGAGGCUGGGCCACCUUCGCCUUGUGGCACCUCUACUCCAGCAACGGUGGGUGUGCCAGCACGGAGCAUCCGCGCCCGAUUGCGCUCCAGAAGGGGCGCUCCUGAAAUAAUCCCCUGGGUUUUCUGCUCGCAGAUUCGCUGCUCGUGCCCGUCAACAUCAGCGCCGGGGAGGCCGCAGUUGUGCUCCGGUGGAAGCCGUCCCCCCGUGCCGCCUGUCCCGGAGCGCUGGACAAGUACCUCAUCUGCCACGAGGCUGAGGGGGACAACGUCGGUUUUGUUUGCCCAGACAGUGAAGUGGAUGCCACGGCAUCAAACUACACCCUCCAAAACCUCCAGCCUGGCACAGCCUACAGGGUGGGUGUUUGGGAGGUGACAGAGGACAGCGAGAGGACCUGCAGUGCUUGGUGGCACUUCCAGACCAAGAGGGGGUAAUGGCUGAGAGCCCCCAGUUCCUAUGGGGUGCUCUCUCUCUCUACUGUGUGCUCGCCCUCACCCCAAAACGUCUCCUGUGUCCCUGUUGGGGACAGGAAUGCCACCAGCCAGCCAUGCCUGUCCCCAGGUCCCCGGGGAGCAGCGUGGAGAAGCAACCUGAAUUACCUGGGCAUCUCGCUUGGUGUCCCCGCCGCAGCUGCCAUCUACCACCUGAGCAAAAAGAGGGCUCGCCGCCUCCUCUUCCCACCCCUCCCCAAGCCCGUGGGCACCAAAGCCAUCCAGUUCUCGGCAGACGAGAUGAGCCAGGACCAGCCCCGGACAGGCCUCCUGGAGCCCUCGGAAAGGUUCAGCCCAGCCGAGCUGCUGCUGACGGAGCCGAAUCCCAGUGAGGAGACGCCUGACACGGACACCCAGACUGCGGUGCCGCUCCCCGAGGUGUCGCAGGCCGGCCCAGCGCUGGAAAAGCCGGCAGCAGCGGUGGCGUCCCCGCAGGGCUGCGGGGAGGAGCUGCCCUUCGCCUACCGCAGGCAGGACACGUUGAGCCCGGGGGGAUCUCCACCCUCCGGCAGCAGCACCGGACACCCACCCGGAGAGGAGGAGGAGGAGGAGGAGGAAGAGGAGGGGAGGCAGGGGAUGCACCAGCCGCUGAUCCCCAUUGCCCUGCUCAUCUCCGACAAACCCAUCAUCAUCAGGGAUGAGGAAGGAUGGGAUCCCGUGCCGUGACCACCACCGGGCUGGAGCAGCAGGAAGGGCUCGGGGGUGUCCCGUGGAAUGCGAGGUGUCUGUGUGGGAUGCUGAGUGCCCAGUCCGUGCGUGGCACCGGCACUUUCAGGGGGUUUUCUGGUUUCCAGGACACGGAAGGCGAUGCCUCUGGACGCGGCAUUGCACCGGGACAGGUUUUGGCCACGCUGUUUCCAGCCUCAACCUUUCACCAGCGAUAAAACCCAAGCGAAGGCGGCUGCAGCGUCUGGCCAGGACCGAGGGUAUUUCCAUGGCUGGAUGGGGAGGAGAAGCAGAGCUUCAUCCCAGCCAGCUGCCGCCUCUGGAACCAGUAUCGUGGUGGGGACUCAAAAAGCCCCAGCACUAAACACCAGAUACCUGCAAAAAAAUUUUAAAAUGUGCAAAAAUUAAAGAAAAAAAAAAUUA